GUCCUCGGAAUUGCCAACAGCGCAAGCAAAGAUGAGAUCCGCAAGGCUUAUCGCAAGGCUGCGCUCGCAAGUCACCCCGACAAAGUCCCCGAGGCCGAACGUGAAGAAGCCGAGAUCAAAUUCAAGGCCGUCCAGGAAGCUUAUGAUAUCCUCUACGAUGAAGACAAGCGUCAUCUAUAUGACACACAUGGAAUGGGCGCUUUCAACGGGUCUGGAGAGCCCGGUAUGGGCGCAGGCCCCGACCUAGAUGAUAUCCUGGCGCAGAUGUUUGGUGGUAUGGGUGGCAUGGGCGGUAUGCCUGGAAUGGGUGGUAUGCCUGGAGGCCCGCGCGCGAAUAAACCACGGAGAAGCCCGAAUGAGGAACAGAAGUAUGAAGUCAAGAUGGAAGAUCUGUACAAGGGCAAGACUGUCAAGUUUGCGAGUACGAAGAACGUAAUCUGCAGUUUGUGUCAGGGCAAGGGAGGCAAGGAGAAAGCGCAGGCCAAAAAGUGUGCUACUUGCGGCGGACAAGGUGUCAAGCAGGUCUUGAACCAGAUGGGGCAGUUCCUUACCACUUCCACUGUGCCGUGCUCAACCUGCAAUGGAGAGGGUGAAUUCUUUAGCCCCAAGGACAAGUGUAAGAAGUGUAAAGGAAAGAAGACAACGGAGGAGAGGAAGAUUCUGGAGAUCUACAUUCCUCGGGGAGCAAGAGAAGGAGAUAAAAUCAUUCUUGAGGGUGAAGCCGAUCAAGUACCAGGACAAGAGCCCGGUGAUAUCGUGUUCCAUAUCGUGGAAGAAGACCAUCCUGUUUUCAGAAGGGCUGGAUCAGAUUUGACCGCUACCAUUGAUGUUACAGUGGCUGAAGCCUUGACAGGCUUUUCCCGAGUUGUGGUCAAGCACCUCGACGGCCGGGGUAUUGAACUGCAACACCCCAAGAAGCCGGGCGAUGUUCUGUCCCCAGGACAGGUCCUUAAGGUUCCUGGAGAGGGUAUGCCCAUGAAGCGCGGCGACGAACGCGGCGACCUGUACCUGGUCGUCAACGUCAAGUUCCCAGACCAGAACUGGAAGCCUAGUCCUGAGGUCCUGGAGAAGCUCAAGGAGAUGCUGCCCAAGCCCGACGCCCCGAUUCAGGCUGACACUGUAGACGAAGUCGACUAUGAUCCCAAGGGUGAUCUGGAUGAAUUCGGUGCCAAGGACGCUCACGGCGGCUCUGCAUGGGAAGAUGAUGAUGAUGAGGUGGCAAUUUAUCGGGACUGGCCCAUCCUAAGCAGUAUCCCGCUGCUCAACAUCGGUCUUGUGGAGGGGUUUCAUCACGUACGACUAAUGACGAUGCUCGCUGCCGCUGAAACAGAGCAGUUGAAAUCAUCGCUCCCUUCUUUGAAACUGCGCCCGAGAGUUGGCUUGGAGUGUACACUAGACUAUGAACUCUGGCAGAAAGAAGUACGGAUUCUCGCCGGAAUCCACUGUGAUUUUCUCCCGACCAUGUCAUGUCAGUCACGCGCCUCGUGUGAGGGCUGCUCCUGCAGUGACAGGGGCAGCCGACCACCAGUGAACAUUGAGGACUGUGAGAGCGAACUGCUUGCCCUUCGGAGGCGUACAGUGGAGCUUGAGAAAACUCUGGCAUCAAUGCAAGAUGGCCGGCCAAAUGCUAAUGCAUCAAGGGCCCGGAAGUUACGGUCGGCCAACUGGUUCAAUUGUGAGAGUGACCCGGGCAUGAUGGCCCUCUACAUUGAGCGGUACCUCAACUAUGGCAUCACCCGGGAAGAACUGAUGUCCGGUAAACCAAUAAUCGGAAUAGCACAGUCCGGGUCCGACUUGUCUCCAUGCAACCGCCAUCACCUCGAGUUGGUGAAACGGGUCCGAGAAGGCAUUAGGUCCGCCGGAGGUAUCGCCUUUGAGUUUCCCACGCAUCCUAUUCAGGAGAGUAGCAGGAGACCCACUGCCUGUAUCGACCGAAAUCUGUCGUAUCUGGGUCUGGUAGAGAUUCUCUUCGGAUAUCCCUUGGACGGUGUAGUCCUCCUGACGGGCUGCGACAAGACUACUCCCGCCGCUUUGAUGGCCGCAGCUACAGUGAAUAUCCCAGCAAUAUGCUUGAAUGUUGGCCCAAUGCUUAACGGUUACGUGAAGAAUGACCUGGCGGGGUCUGGGAUGGUAGUAUGGAAGGGCAGAGAGAUGUAUGCGGCAGGUGAAAUCAACAAGGAGGAGUUCAUUGACUAUGUGUCCAGAGGUGCACCAUCAGUGGGACAUUGUAACACAAUGGGAACAGCAUCAACUAUGAAUGCUUUGGCGGAAGCGCUUGGAAUGGCCCUACCUGGGUCGGCUGCCAUACCGGCUCCGUACCGUGAACGUGGGCAAUGUGCUUACGAAACAGGUUUGCGUAUUGUUGAAAUGGUUCAUUCUGAUCGGAAACCCAGCGACAUUAUGACUCGGGAGGCUUUCGAAAAUGUCAUUGUAGUUAAUACUGCUAUCGGCGGCAGUACUAAUGCCCCCAUUCAUAUCAACGCCAUCGCCAAACAUAUUGGGGUAGAAGUUUCACUGGAUGACUGGGACCAACUCGGAUUUCAUAUCCCACUGCUGCUGAACAUGCAACCAGCUGGUGAGCUGCUGGGAGAGGAAUACUAUCGAGCGGGUGGGCUACCCGCGAUUAUGGCGGAGUUGCUAGAUGCCAGGAAGCUGAAUGCGGAUGCUUUAACAUGUAACGGUUUGACAGUAUCCGAGAAUGUCCGGGGCAAACAUACCUGGGACCGUCAAAUGAUCAAGCCGUAUAACGAGCCACUUCUGGAAGAUGCCGGUUUUCUCCAUCUCCGAGGCAGUCUGUUCCGAUCCGCUAUUAUGAAAACGUGUGUGAUAUCGGAGCCUUUCCGACAGAAGUUCUUGGAAAAUCCCAAGGACCCAAAUGCAUUCGAAGGCACGGUUGUAGUGUUUGAUGGACCGGAGGAUUAUCAUCACCGGCUUGAAGACCCUUCCACUCCCAUCGACGACAGAAGUAUCCUGGUGAUGCGUGGUGCUGGCCCAUUGGGAUACCCAGGUGCCGCCGAGGUUGUCAACAUGCACCCACCUGGUCGGCUUUUGCGACAAGGGGUCAAAUCGCUUCCGUGCAUUGGAGACGGACGACAAUCGGGUACUUCCGGCUCGCCGUCCAUUCUCAAUGCUAGUCCCGAGGCAGCAGCGGGUGGAAAUUUAGCCCUCCUUAAGGAUGGGGACAGACUCCGUGUUGAUCUUAACAAACGGCGCGUUGAUAUCCUUGUUUCCACGGAGGAGCUGGAAAAGCGGAGAAAGGCGCUAGAAGCCAGGGGGGUUAUGAUAUCCCAGAAAGUCAAACUCCAUGGCAGGAACUGUUCAGGAGGGAGACGACACAGUUGA